UUCCAAGAAUAAAAAAUGUCUCAUCCACCAAACACAGUAUUAAAUGGGCCUUCUCCCGAAAACAAUGUGCCUUUUAAAGAUGCUCAACCAACACAAGAGACGACGAAAACGCACCAAAACGGUGACAACUCUCCUCAACAGUUCCCAGGCUUCGCAUCGACUCCUCCACGUCCACCUCUAACCAGACUAGACAGUCGAAAUUCCCUCCCGAUCCGCCCAGGCUUCCCCACACAACCCGGCCUAGGUCCCAGACCCCCCCAAAUCCGUCAACCUAUUCCCCAGCAACAGUUCAUCCAGCGAGCCCCCGGAGCCGCUCCUAGACCCCCGGGUCAACCCCAAUUCAUCCAAAACCCAGGCGUCCGACCCCUCAAUCCCAACUUUCGCCCGUCCACUCCAUUCCCCAGACCUCCGCAGCCCCCGCAGCAACCCAGACAGCCUGGAAUAUUCCAGCAACGACCGGCUUACAGACCACCGCUCGAAAUAGACAACUUCCGUCAAACCCUGGAUUCUACAGAUCUGACGACCCAUAAAUCUCCCGAGAAUGUCAAAAUGGGGGAAGAUUCAGGAAGAUCCUCCGUAGACGCGACGAAGAACAGAAGCUAUAGUGUCGACCAGGAGGAGGAGCGAAGGAGGUCGAUUAGCAGCAUCGGGAGUGUUGAGGAGAAGAAAGGGUCGUGCGAGAACUUGGACAAGAAGUCCGACGAGUACCCGUCGAGACCGGAGUCGAGGAUGAACAAGAUCGUGGAGGACGAGGGGAAAGUGGAGGUGACUAAAUCGCCGUCUCCACAGACCCCACAGACCGACGCGUCGCAGAAGAGCGUCGAGUUUAAGUUACCAGAAGGGGCCAAAACCAAAUCGCCUUCGCCUAUUAACAGAGUAGAGAAGCCUGAACCGAAGAUCGAAGUAGUCGCUACUAAACCGAAGGAAGAGGUGGUGCAAAACGGUCUCCACCAACAAAGCGUGCAACCAAAGCCAGAAACGAAAAAUCUCGAGUUAAAAAAUCUAAAGAAAUCGAAAUCUCCUUCUCGAUCAGAAGGAGACAACGACAGCGGCGUAGACGAAUCAACACAAGGAAACGACCAAUCUAGCAACGGUGAUCAAACCUCUCCGAGGAAGUCCUCCGGAAAGAAUCCCAGUCGCACUUCGUCGACGACCCCCACGAAAAAUCGGUCGCUGUCGAGGGGAUCCAAGUCACCGAGUCUGAAGAGUCCGGAUUCAACAGCAAGCACACCGGGAACAACGGAGAAAAAGAAGGUUCCUAUGAAUAAGGUUCAAGUAGGAUCGGCGCCUUCACCUAAUUUGAAGGUCGUCAGAUCGAAAAUUGGAUCUUUAGAUAAUGCGAGCUACAAGCCAGGGGGUGGACACGUGAAAAUAGAGAGUAAGAAGGUAGAUUUUAAGAACGCUUCGUCGAGGAUUGAGGCCAAAAAUGAGAGAUAUGCUCCGAAGGGUGGCGACAAAAAGAUCCAACAGCAGAAACUUCAGUGGAACGCGAAGUCGAAAAUUGGGUCACUAGAAAACGCCACCCACAAACCCAAAGGCGGCGAAAAGAAAAUAGAAUCCGUCAAGCUGGACUUCAAGGAGAAGGCCAAAUCGAAAGUCGGCUCCAAGGACAACAUCAAGCACGUCCCCGGCGGGGGAGACAUCAAGUUUGACGAAGUCGAAGAAGAAAUUAAAAACGAAAUCGAGAACAAGAAGCUGGACAUCAAGGCCCAGAGCAAGGUCGGGAGCAUGGACAACGUGAAGCACCGGCCCGGGGGCGGCGAGAAGAAGAUCUUCGACGACAAGGAGUACCUGAAGCAAAGGUCGACCAUUUCGAGCGAGAACCACUCGCUGUCGGGUUCCCAGAAUUCCUUGCCGUCCCAACCGGAAGCCGGAGGUCCAGUAGCUGACGAGAAUCUCAACCAAGAGCGUUAAUUUUAUGUUUUUGAUUAAUGUGCCGUCUUUACUAUUAGACCAGUUGAUACUUGAAAUAGUUGUAUAACUAUUCACAUAAAAGUGGUUGAAAUACAUUUGACAAGUAAUAUUAACUUACUGAUACAGCAUGUGCCCGUGUACGAAAUGCAUGUAUUACUUGAGAAUAAUAAAUUGUAUAUUAUUCAUAGAGUUAAUUAGAUUCCACUAACACUAACACUGUAUUUUCCACUAAAAUGCUGAAUUUUAGUGUUCACUUUCGCUUAAUUUCCUCUUUUGUUUUUAGUCCGGUAACCAAAUGCUGUUCGUUUCGAAAGAUAUAUUUUUCAAUGUAAAAUAUUGUCAGUGUACGAUAAACAACUAUAGUUUGGUGUUGUGAUACCUAGACUAAUGACCAAACGAUCAACAUUUUUUGUACUGUUAAUUGAAAUUUUUCAAAUUGUUUUAUUUAUACUCGUAGUUGAUAGUUUUUAAAGUUAUAUACCUGUCCAUUGUAAAAAGCUUAUCAAAACGUUCUGCUUUUUCUGAUUUCGAAUCGUUUUGAUAAUUUUUAUACAUGUUGUAAGUUUCUACUUUCAUGUUAAGUUUUCAGUUAUGCUGGUUCCAGUUAAAUAAAUAAUUAUGUUUUGUUUUGCCACAUAGAUGGUAUCGAGUAUCAUCACUGUAUUAACUUUAUAAGUACGUACAUUACAAUAAAAUGUGCAUUAGUAUAAGUA